AAACCUUGUAAAAGACAUUGUUGAGAUUAAGUUAAACUGUUUAAUCAUGAAGAUAUUCGUAAUAUUACUCUUAGUAACAACAACAAUCGGUGUUGUACCAUCCUAUUAUGUCCAACCACCGAAAUGUAUCACGCCACCUUUUACAGCUUUCGGAUCACACAGUUUAUACGUCGGAUGCGUAACACCAUACGACAGAGUGCUGUACCAACAGACAAUAAUAAAGACAGGAAAAUGGUUUCAAGGAAGAUCCGCUUUGAUUAAGUACCCGCUUCCGGGGUAUUGGAGAAAUGAGAUAAUAUCGGGGAUAUGGAUAUUAGAUAACUUUAGAAAUGGUACAGGAGGAUACCCGCACAUCCUAUACGGAGGCGUGGGCUAUAAAAACGUCACUAUAGAGUUGGGUUCGAAGUCUUUUAGAGGGUUUAGUUUCAACAUAUCAAUCUAUGGCCACUAAACGCCACAACAACAAUUAUAUUAGCAAUUAAAUUAAACAACGUUAUAAAAGAUAACGCAUAAUUAUAAGCAUCCUGCCAGAUGCACACUAUUCAUUGUCUUGGGCAAUUGCCAGCAUGUAAUCUUCCUACGCUGUAACAGUAAUAAAAAUAAACUUGCAUCGAUUAUCGCCUUCA